UCUAAUUUCAAAAUGACAAAAGAUACACUGAAAUGGUUAAUGGUGAUUGCUGUUUUGGUGGUUUCAAUAUCACAAUCUUGUGUUCAUGGAGCGCCACAAGUACCUUGCUUCUUCAUUUUCGGUGAUUCAUUGGCUGAUAACGGCAAUAACAACCUCCUCACGACUUUGGCCAAAGUGAACUACGCGCCGUACGGAAUUGAUUAUCCUGGUGGAGUACGAACAGGAAGAUUUUCCAAUGGCAAAACUACUGUUGAUAUACUGGGUCGUAUUCCAUCUCAAUCUAUUUCUAAAUUGCAUUCGUGUGUAAUUGUUUCUUUGUCAGUUAAACAUGCCAUAUACCAUUAUCAUGCCAAAUAUGAGGCUAAUAAAUUAAAACAUGCUUACAUAUAUCUUGCAGCUGAAUUUCUGGGUUUUGAGACUCCCAUCCCACCAUUUGCAACUACCAAAGGACAAGACAUUGUUAAAGGUCUCAAUUAUGCAUCUGGCGCCGCAGGGAUUCGAGCAGAAACUGGCUCCAAUUUGGUAAUUAUUCCCACAAGACUUAGUUUUUUUUUUUUUGAGAAUGACUAAAGUUUUAUU